AAAGACUAACCUCGAACGUGAAUCGGUCGGUAAAGGGAUAGGUUGUUAGGUGUGUGUGUAUGUCUGUACAUGUGUGUCAAUCUAUGGAUUGAGUGAGGGAGGGAGAGGUGAUUUGUUCUAGAGAUAUACGAGUAAAUCUUUUUCUUCCGUAGGUAGAAAAUUUUUCCCUUGUUAUCAGUUGUGAUGGAAAGAUAAAAUUCUUAAUAUAUAUAUCAAGCUAAUUAGCUUUCCAAAACACCUCCUGUGGUAAAUACAGUUAAGAGAUACAUAAGGGAUUAUAGAUCGUAGCGGAGUGAUACAUAUUUAGAAACACACAUAUACAUAUAGAAUCAAACACACACACAUAGAUAUAUAUAUACAUUGAAUUGGUUGACCUAAAAAAAAAAGCAACUAAAAAAAUUAAAUCAUUGACAAAAUCAAACAAACAAAAAUGCGAAUCGGUCGGUCGUUGGUUCGUUAUUGGCAGAGGUGACAAUUUUUUUUGCUGUGGGUCCCUGUAACGGUCGCCUUUAAACGAAACAAAAAAAAAAUCAUCACAAAUAUAUAUUAAUAAUAACAACAAAGGGGGGUAUUUUCCGGAACAUGGUAAAAACAAGGUUCGGAGCGAAACCUGAUCAGAGAGAGAGAGAAGGAAUUCGUUGGGGGGUGGUGGUUGUUUAUGCAUAUAUAUAUAUUAUAUGUAUAACGAUCGCGUUGGUUAAUUAAUUAAUUAUUAGUAAAUUAAAUAUUAGCGAUUUUUUUAAAAAUUAUAUUUUUUUUUCGUUAAGAGAAGAGAGAAAGGAAGAAAGAAUACAAAAGAAAGGAUAUUGAUACUCAUCAUCUUUUGAAUCGGCAACUGGCUUUUCCUAGUCAUAUUCGUGAGGCCGGGGCCACAUAAUGUCGUUGGUUGAACUGGGUAAGCAGUUGCUUGACGCUGCCAAAAGAGGUGACACAGACGAAGUCAGGACCCUGAUGUCAAAUGGAGCCCCUUUCACCACAGACUGGCUUGGAAUGUCACCGUUACAUUUCGCUGCCAGAAACGGUCACUUCCAAACAGCCGAUGUCCUGUUAAGGGCUGGAAUUAGCAGGGAUGCUCGAACGAAAGUUGACAGAACACCACUGCAUGUCGCAUCCCAAGAGGGCCACGUAACCAUUGUGAAUCUAUUACUGGCCAACUCUGCAGACAUCGAGGCGAAGGAUAUGUUAAAGAUGACCCCACUUCAUUGGGCCACGGAGAAGGGUCACUCGACCAUUGUUGAACUAUUAAUAAAGAACGGUGCUGACGUCAAUGUAGAUGAUAAGUUUGAACGUACCACAUUAGACAUUGCACAAGGCAAUGCACGUCAGGAUAUUUUACAGCUAUUACACAUGGGGCAGAACAAUCCAGACUUGACUGGAUUGACGGAGGGUGAGACUGUCACCAUAGAAACAACAGACACGGAGGCACUAGCAUCAGCUGGUAUCGUCAGCCACGUAAUCGAAGAGAUCCCUUCAUCGGUUGUUGCCACUCCCAUAAUGGAAGCUCCGCCAACGCCAGUACCUAAUACCGAAACCAAAGACGCAACUAAUCUAGUUCCUGUCACACUGGUGCCAACUGAGACGGCUACAUCGAAGAAUGAAAACUCGGAACAAAGCAGUACCUCUGUUCUUGCCACUCUUGCAGUACUUGCAGAAGCCACUGCGCCUUUCAAUGCUCAAAACCCUAGUACAGCGGAAGCUAUGAGUUGGCUGGAGAGUCAAGGUAUAACUAUGAUUUCUACAAAUGAUGCUGGUAUCCUUACGUCAGCUGUUGAAAGUGGCCAGCCCAUAGCCCUCACAGAAGCUGGAAAGAUGGCACUGAAUAUCUUCAAGCAGCAGGGCCUGUCCCACACUGUAGGAGACGGGGAGACAAACGACCCCGUUGUCGAUCCUGUUGUUGAGACAGUUGUUGGGGACACAAACGACCAAAAGGUCAUUACCAUAGUAACAACAGAUCAAGCCGAAGAGGAACCAGUUAUAGUGACGGUGACCCCAGAUGUUUCAAAUGAAGCUGCAUUGACUGUAGAGUCAGCUGAAGAACAACCCCCUCCAGCUAAGAAAUGCCGGUUGGAAGCUGAAGAGGAGACCACAGUGGCAGUACAGCUGGAUAACAUCUUAGAGACAACAGAGGCAGCGACGCCAGAACGACCAACAGUGAGUGAACCACCUGACGCGCAGGAGGAGCUUCGACGACAGCUGGAGGAGAUGAAGAGGCAGGCCGAGUCGUUCAAACAGCAACUGAUGGUCAAGGAGCAAGAAGCUGCAGUCUACAAACGACAACUGUCCGAGAUGGGCAUAGCCAAGGCAGAUAUGGCGCAUACGGAUUUGACCACCAGCAGUGGCGCUGGCAGCAGUGUUGUCGAUGAAAGUGACAUGAGCGUCGCCAACAAUGGCGACAACGAGGAGGGCUUUGAUUCCACGGCAGCCGCGGCGGUCACCUUCGUCCCUGGUAACAUAGUUGUCGAGACUGUGACCAUCUCGAAGGAUGAGAGCGUGGAUAUCGAUGCUGACGCUGGUGAUGUCGAAGCUGGUACUGAUGGUGAUGGUGAAACCAGUACUGGUGGUGAUGAUGAUGGUGGUGGUGGUGGUGCUAAUAAUGGUGCCACGGUGGCCGUUAAAGAUGAACCGCUGACCAUUAAGACUGAGCCAGUUUAGGAAGACAACAGUAGUGGUGGUGGUGGUGGUCAAGGUGGUCAAGAUGGUGGCGUAUGCAGGGUAGUGCAGGGUGCUAUUUAUCAAGUUGCAGAUCCUUCCCCCACCUUUGUCAAACUGACCUUGCAUUCCAGCCAUGACCCUCUCGCCUGACAUCAUUUUUGAUGUGGUACAUGCAUUUAGGACUACGUUACCAUCAAUGUGCAUAACCUCUUUUUUUUUUUUUCUUAAGGCGAAAAGAGAGUGUGAUUUUUCAGGGAAACUUUGGUUGCUAUUUCUAGUUAGU